CAAAUGGCCGCUAUAUUUUUGUUAGCGCGACAUCGAUCAAGCAUUGUUUUUAUCGCUUAUUUAUAUUUUUAAGCGCGAAGCGGUGUUGAUCGUGAUCCAAAAUUAUAAUAAACUUUAUUCUCUGAGUGUUUUGCUUGUAUUAUGAAAUAAUUGUGACAUCAUGAGACGAGGUCAUCCAGGCAUUGGUGGAUGGCGGGGCGAAAAUACUAGACAUUUUAGACCUAGAAGUGGCGGCACACCGCAUUUUAGGCCUCCAAGAAACUUUGGAUUGCUAGACACACCUAGAUUCGCGCCACCUUCUCGGUUCAAAGAAAUACUGCCAUUAAUAACUAGACCUGAAUUAAACUACAGUCCUUCCGAACACCAUGAUAGAAAUAAAUACAGACAUAAUAACCAAUCGAGUAACCAAAGACAUGACAGGGAUUUCCAGAGCCAGAGAGGAAACUAUGCACACUCUCAAAGGCGCCAUGGUGAUGGCUCAAAUUACUCCCAAUAUCAAGAACCAAGAAAUUAUCAUAAUAUCAUUCAAUCAGAGCCAUAUCUUAAUAGUAUGGGAGAUGUUGAUCAUAGACAGUUGAUGACAACUACAAAAACUCGGGAGCCAUACAGUCAUCAUAGAACACCAGUUUGGAGUCAAAAUGAAGAUAAAAGGAGAUAUCAAAAUGAAGAUAGAUAUGCUGAGAGAAAUCAAAAUAAAUCUUAUAGACCUGAUAUAACAGACAGUGGGAAAUUACCUACAUCUGACUACAUUGGUCACAGACCACCAGCUUCUGAUCAUUAUGGAGGAAAUCCAGGAUCUGGUAUUGAUGAUUCUAAUAGUUUUAGUCGCUCUGUUGAUGACACAGUUGACCUUGUCCGUAAACGCUUGCUAAGCAGAAACGAACCUCAGCCUCACUGUGAAACUGAACUGAAUAACCAUAGUUUAGAACACCAAGAGAGCAGUGUUCAGGAUCCUGGUAUAUAUCAAACUACUCGGGAGCCACCUGCCAAGAAGAGAGUGCAGCGACAUAAGCAACAUGUCCAAAAUAAUUGUGACAAAAUGAAAAAUAAAAUUGUCCAUCAAUUAUUUAAAAUGGAUAAGGCUAAAAUUCAUAAACUUAUGGACAAUCCUAAUUCCUCAAAUAAGUUUGAAUAUGCUAUAAGCAGUUUAAUAACAGAGUCACAAAACAGUUUGAAUAGGCAUUUGAGAUCUGUUGCAGAAAAAUCACUGACCACUUCUAGUGACUUCAUUAAUAAUGAUAAUAACACUAUUUAUGAAGACACCUUCAUGAAGCAAAUGCAAUGUAUUUUAGAUCCACAGGACACAGUGUUUCUAGAAGAUAUUAAGCCUUUAGUCAUGGAAGAGCUGAGUAAAGUGUUGCAAUUAGACAAUUAUUAUGAACAGCCACAUGAUAAUACUGGAGGUCGCUCUGACUGCUAUGCAGUAGACCAGUAUGGUAAUAACACAGAUAAUGCUGAUAUUUAUAAUGAAUACCCAUAUGAACAAAAUGAUCCACAAAAUUAUGAAUUGCUGAAUCCAGAAAUUAAUACCAAAACUGAAUAUCAAGUUGAUGCUCAGCCUACUGAACAACUCUUUCAUCGAAGGCCACCCAGUGUACAAAGAAAUAAGAGUCAAGAAAGAAGAGUCAGUAUGGAACAGCGACGUUUAUCAAGAUUGAGUGCAGAAAGAAAAUCAAAUGAAAAUCCAUAUUCUCUACCUGACAUGCCUUUGAGAGAACAACAGCACAGAAGAAGUAUUGAUAGGAAAUCCUAUGAAGAACCGGCACAAAGUGAACCGUUGCCUAUCUUUGACAGUAAUGCUGAUCAAUUUUCAGAAGAAGAAGACCCAUUUGCUGACUUGGAUAAGCAAUAUCAUGUUGCAGUUGACCACAAUUUCAUACAAAGUUAUGAUGCUAGUCCCCAACCUUCAGUAACUAGUAGUAGGUCCAAAUCUCCACCUGCAACAACAAACGAUAUAGAAAUUCCUAGCCAACAUUCCAAUGACAUCAAAAAAGAAAUUGAUAAUCAGUUGUUGAAUAUAGCACAAUCACCACUUGAAAUAAUACCAAGUAUUAAAGAAGUUGCCAGUAUUACACCUAAAAAGGAAUUUCAAGUUAAACAUGAACUCAACAUCACACCAGAAAAGAAUACAGAAAAUAGUGUUCAAAUAAAAAAGGAAUGUGGUGUUACACCAGCAAUUAAAAUCAAUGACGAUAAACCUUUGGAUAAUAAAGAUGAUCAAGAGAGUUCACAAAAGAACUUGGAUCAAAAAGUUGAAAACUCUGAAAAUGACAAUAACAGCACAAUAAUCAAAAAGUCUUCAUCUUCCAGUUCACGCAAAAGGUCAUUAGACCAGCGUCCAUCGCAUCGAAAAGAAAAGCGUAAAAAAAGUGAACCAAAUCAAUCUGAGCUAAAUAAGCAAAUAUUAAACAAAAAUAUAAUAAUAAAUGUGAAUGAUUGUGCUGCUAAAAAGAAUAAUAAUGAAAAAUGUGCUGAAGCUGCUAAAUCUAUAUUUAAUUUAUUUUUCUCAAAAGAUGAACAUAGUAAGAUGUCAGAAAAAGAUACCAAUAAGGGGGAAUCUACAGACAAAGGUUAUUCAGAUAAGUAUGUGAAGAGAAAAGAGCAAUCAAGUGCUUCCAGAGAAAUAAAGCGGGAGGGUACAAAGAAAAGACACCACUCUACUUCAUCCAGUCAUUCCAUAGUUAGUCCUAAAACUCAUAAUACAAGUAACAAUAGUAGUAGUCAACCCCACAAAUCAGAUAAAUCAGAUCAUAAGAGUAAAUUAAAGCACAUAGAUAUGUUUUCUGAACAGGCACGAAAAGUAAGUAUGCAUCAAUCUAAUAGGAAUACAGCAUUACCACCUAAGACACCAGAUAAAUUGCCUGAUGAAAAUAAAACUGCCUUGCCUGUUAUUAGAGUGAAGAAAAAUAUGCUUAACACAAAUAAAUUGAUAUCCAAAGAAACACAAACUUUUGAAAGCAAGAAGAGCACUUCUCGUUUUAGUCAAACUGAAAAGAAGAAAAUGUCUGUAAAAGCAACCCAGACAGAUCCUGUACUGUCUGAAAAGCCAGGUCCAAAGUCGACUGAUGCUUUUGAGAGAAUGAAGGAGAUUGACUUAGAAAUACAAGUUUUGUUACAAGAGAAAUUCAAACUGUACAGUUCACUAGAGUCAAAGGAUACAACUCAAUCAUUAGGAAUGACAGUUUUAAAUGUGGCGCCUUACGUAGAAGAUAAGGAACAAGAUGCAAAUUUGUCCGAAUCUGAAGACGUAAUUGUUGCAAACUUCACAAGUAUACCUGUUGAAGAACUUGAACAAAUUGCAUUUGAGACUGUAGAUGAUGAUGCAUUUGAAAGUCCUAAAGGCAAAAAGAACCAUCGGCAAAAAGUAACGGCGCGAGAAAGAACGAAUCCAAGGAGCCCACUAUUGCAGAAAAAUAAGAAAAGGAAAGAACCAAAUAUAUCGCUCAUAGAGCAGAUCAUCACAGAUGAUAGACCACUAGAAGACAUAAUAUCUCUUGAUGAUUUAGAAAGUUCGCCAAUGAAACCUAAGAAAAAGUCGCUAAAACAGAUAUCAAAAUCUAAGAAGAAAUCUUCAAAGAAAAGAAAAUUUAAUUUUAUGAAGAAUAAACCAGUGAAAGAAACAAUAAUCACACCAGAAGGUUUACAUCUAAAAGAAUGUUGUGUAUUAUUACAUAGGGAUGAGAUUGAGAAUUAUUUAAAUAAUAAAGGCAUUAAUUCUGAAUCAGUUUUAGAAAAGGUUGUUGAAGAACCAGCAGUUAUUGUUGAGACAGUACCGUUGUUUGCGGAUACAGAAAUCAACUCAAUGUACACUGCACCAGAGAGAGAAGAGACCAUACAGGAGACAGUCAACGUUGAUUCAGUCAAUGACAUCCAUUUUGAUAUGUUGGAUGUUUCGGAGGAUAUAGUGAUUGGGGAUGCUUACGAUGGCAAGCAUAAUGAAAAGGACGUAAGCGAGAGAGUGGAUAUAUCUGUGAGUGAGGAAAUUAUACUUGAUAACAGUCAGUCGUCGAUAGAAGAGACUGCAAUGGCACAACCGACUCACACGGAUGUUCAAUGCAAGAUGUAUGACUUCUCCACAGAUGAGACUCUCCGCCGUGAUGCUUACACUGUGACAUCAAAUCCUGAUGCAGUACUCGCGUUAGAGUGCGUAGAUAACAGCUUCCUUGCGGCGUGCUUAGACGGCAACGUGUACCACUACAGCGGGGACGGCCAGCUGCUGGCAACCCUGCGCGGGUACAACCAGCCGGUCACGUGCCUCAACAUCGUGCGCGACAAGUACGAGACCAUCGUCUACACGGGCUCGCUGGACUCCAGGAUACGGUACUACGAUCUGGAGACCGGCAUGGAAAAGGGGCCCGAGUGCAAUGUUCUCAGUCCGAUACAGUCAAUGGACCGCGCGUGGGACACCGUUUUCGUCGGCACGAGAACUGGAUUUGUUUUACAGUUUGAGUGUAAGAACAACAUGCUAAUACCAGUGAGUACGGUGAAAUUCUCCGAGCAAUCAAUCUUAGCGUUGCGGGCCAUGAAGGAAGGUCCAAGGAAAGUGUUGCUCGUGGCCGCUAGAUCUGAAGAUGUGACCGUCAAAGAUGCCCAAACAGGGCUCCUGUUGAGGACACUAAGCGGACCGAAGAUGACUGUGUACAGUUUGCUGUAUGAAGAUGGAAAGGUGUUCUGCGGCACGAGCAGCCAUCAGAUACACGUUUUUGAUUAUGCUACAAGCAGCCACGUGGCUACCCACGAGGGUGGUAAAGGCGUGGUCUGUCUUAGAGCGAGUGGCGGCUUACUGUUUGCCGGCUGCUAUGACGGCUGCGUUUACGUGUACAGAGAGAGCGAACCCAGGCCUUUGGCUCAGCUACGAGGCCCGGGAAUCAUGCUGCUGUCUCUUGCUAUCGUGGGGAGCAAGAUAAUAGCUGGGUACAAAGAUAGGGGCCUGCACAUAUGGAAAAUCCCACUUACCAUACUGCAAGAAAUGAUUUUGUAAAUAUUUACCUGGUUAGAUGAAAUCUCACCUUUAAUUUUAAAAUAAAGUAAUAUACUUAUUUUUUAGGAUAUACAUUGUAUAUAAUAAAAGAGUUUAAUUAGUUGUA